AUGGCUGCUUCCGAUUACAAGUUUGAGGGCUGGAUGGGCCUUGACAAGAACUCCGUCGGCAACAUGGUUUGGCAGGAGUUCGAGCCCAAGCCCUGGGAGGAGUCCGAUGUCGACAUCAAGGUCACCCACUGCGGUAUCUGCGGAUCCGACUUGCACACUCUCAGAAGCGGCUGGGGCCCCACCAUGUACCCCUGCUGUGUCGGUCACGAAAUCGUUGGUGUCGCUGUUCGCGUUGGCUCCGAAGCCGAGGGCGAUAUCAAGGUUGGAGACCGUGUUGGUGUUGGUGCUCAGAGCGACUCUUGCCGCGGCCGCAACGGUGACUGCGAAGAGUGUGCCUCUGGCCUCGAGCAGUACUGCCGCCACUCCAUGGUUGGCACCUACAACGGUGUCUACCAGAACGGCGGCAAGUCCUAUGGCGGUUACUCCCUCUACCACCGCUCUCCCUCUCGUUUCGUUGUCAAGAUCCCCGACGCCAUCCCCUCCGCCCAGGCUGCGCCCAUGCUUUGCGGUGGUAUCACCGUGUACUCUCCCCUGAGACACUACGGCUGCGCUCCCGGCAAGCGCGUCGGUAUCAUCGGUGUUGGUGGUCUGGGUCACUUCGGUAUCAUGUUCGCCAAGGCCCUUGGUGCCGACAAGGUCGUUGCCAUCUCUCGCAAGAACAACAAGAAGGAGGACGCUCUGAAGCUCGGCGCUGACGCCUACAUCGCCACUGAUGACGAUGCCGACUGGGCCAAGAACAACGCCCGCUCCCUCGACCUGAUCGUCUCUACCGUCUCGUCCUCCAAGAUGCCCAUGGUGGACUACGCCACUCUGCUCGACCUUGACGGUUGCUUCGUCCAGGUUGGUGCUCCCGAGGAUGGUGCCCUUGAGAUCCCUGCUUUCGCUUUGAUCGGAAAGCGUGCCAAGCUGGGAGGCUCUCUCAUCGGAGGCCCCAACGAGAUCCGUGAGAUGCUGGCUCUGGCUGCCGAGAAGAAGGUUCAGCCUUGGAUCGAGGAACGCUCCAUGAAGGACGCCAACAAGGCCGUUGUGGAGAUGGACGCUGGCAAGGCCCGCUACCGCUACGUCCUGAGCAACGAGCUGUAA